GUCCGCACGCUGAUUGCGCUUCUUCUUCGGCAAGAGUCGUGUGUAAGAGGGAAAUGCAACUUUCAAGUUCCGGGCAAUAGUAAAUCUGCCUUCCACUCUCUCGUUCGCACACAACGCCGACGCCCGACCAUCUUCGAAUCGACAGGACAAGGUCUGACGCAUUUUAACACAGUCACCUGCAAGCCGCAUCCGGGGGGUGAGGGUAUGGAAUACCACUGUGGCACCAGAUUCGCUGAUUUCGUGCAUGAAGUCAGAUGGUUGAAGCGAAAUGUCGACUGCGUGGAGCCGAUAGGCGCACAGAUUAUUUUGGACGACCUCCACAACUCUACCGCCCUGGAAUUACACAGCUGGAAACAGUAG